UCAAAAACGGUCUAUUUAAAAAUAUUGUUCAAACGCCAAAAGAGUGAAAAAGCAUUUUGAGUUUUUCUUUUUUUAAAGAGCUUAUUGCAACUGGGCAAAAAUAAUUCAAAUUUAUGAUGGAGGUGAUUGAAGAGCAAUCAAAAUGCGAUGAAGAUUCCAUAAUACCACCAAGAAAAAUUUCAAGUGACAAUUUGAGAAUUUGUUUGGUUGGAAAUGUAUGUGAUGAUAAAAACACGGUUAAUGCAGCGAAAAAAAUUGGAGUACCAGUUAUAACAUCAGAAACAGCAACUGAUAUAAUUUUGGAUGAUGUAUGGGUGACGUAUUUCAUACUAAACAAUUUUGAAGGUGCAAUUUAUGAAGCCAUCAAAAAAACUAAACACAAAAUAUUAGGUCCCCCAGCUUUACAUUAUAUUGCUAACUCAAAUAUGGACCUUCCUAGUAUAAAUAGGCCAUUAUAUAAUUAUUCUAUGAAAGGUGUUGUAACAUGCUUUACAGGGAUACGGAAGAAAGAUGAAUUAACAGAAUUAGUUAACUUAAUACAUUCAAUGGGUGGUUCAAUUCGAAAAGAUAUGAACUCCAAAGUAACGCACUUAAUAUGUAAUGCAACGGGUGGUAAAAAGUACGAAUAUGCAAUGACAUUUCGUUUAGCUGUUGUCAGACCAGAUUGGGUUCAUGAAGCUUGGAAAAAUAAAGAAUCUUAUGAUUUCAAGGCUACUGAAGAAUCAUUUACAAAAGAGCAUAAAUUAAAAGUUUUUGAAGGGCAAAGAAUUUGCUUGUUUGGUUUUAGUGCAGACGAAUAUCAGCAUAUGGUGGAUGUAUUAACUAGCAAUAAGGGCAUAGUAACUGAUUUAGAAGACCCCGAAUGUACCCAUGUCGUGAUGGCUAACAUGGGGGAUCAUUUCCCUGAAAUUGCACCGGGAUCUCAAUGUUCUUCUCCAGCUGCUUAUUUUAAUUUUCAUGGGAACGGACCACCAAAAAUUGAAAAUGCAAAGGAUGUUGGAUAUAAAAUUGACAAUGAUUUAACAAAUAAUAUGUCGGACGUAAAGAUUCAAGCAGAAAGUACAAGUACUGUAGACGAGUUAGACCGUAAAAUGAUCGAAUGUUCUGACAUUCUCAUGUCAGAAAAAGGUGAGCUCUCUACAAUCACAGAAAACUCUACCCCGAAGCAUGAUGGUGUUAUAUUAUCAAGUGAAAAAAAUGAAUUUCUUGAUCCAAAUAAUUUAUCUCCAAUUUUGAAAACACCCAAGUCAACGAAGCAAAGUUAUAGAUUGUUCAGCGAAGACAAUUUGAAUAGCGAAAUAAAUCAAAUCAAAGAAGAAGGCGAGGACUCGGCGUGUCAGGAAUAUAAAAGAAAACAAGAAAGUUUUGAUAAUGUUUCAAUCUUAUCGACAGAUUCAAUAGAAAUAUCUUCAACGGGAGUUUCCAAAAAAUUGAAAUUAAUUCGAACUGGAUCUAUAACAAGAAGUAUAAAACGAAGUAUGAGUUUUGCUACAGUUAAAACCCCUAUCGCUAAUAUGUUGCGUCCAAGGCGUAAUUCAGUUGAUCCAAAUUCCUCUAUCAGUUCUAUAACUUCAACUGAUUCGAAAUUUAAUGAAUCAAUUAAAAAUCCUGUCAAAGAUAAAUUGCGUACAAUACGUGAUCGUGUACGUAAAGGUAGCAAGCGUGAUAUUAAUAUAACUCCAAAAACUGCAAAACUGGCAUCUUCUAAUCUAAUCACUUUAAAAAAACUGUGUAAACUAAAAGCCACUUCAAAUGUGAAUGAUGAGGAAAUUGAAGAAUUAAUGAUGCCUGAAAGUUCUGAAAAAUGUUUUCAAAUUAAAAGGGAAACAGAUUUUAAAACUCCCUCAGCUCCGCAACAACGAUACUGCUCUGAUUUGCCUACACAAGUUAAGCAACAAACCCCUUCACCUACAAACGAGGCAAUUUCUAAUUACGAAGAGAUUAGUCAAAAGGAUAUUUCCACUAUAGAAGCACCACAAAAAACAGAAAAACGCCUGGAAAGUUAUUCAAAAUCCCACACCGGGAGUAUUGAUUCUAGCAGUUCAAUGGAUGUCGAUAGUGUUAUAACGAAAACAACUUCAACAAGUGUGAAUAUUGCUGUUGAUGAGAAUAUUGCUAUUAAUAUGCCUGAACCAAAGAGUCACAAAACUCACAUAGUUAAAGCAGAUUGGUUUUGGUACACCAUACAAAAUGGCUACGCUGACGAAACUUUAUAUCUUUUUGGGGAUUAUCUUGAUAGUAUUGCAAAUACUCCUGGUACAGAUAGUCAUCGUGAUUCGUUACCAAUAAGCUUUAAAAGGAAAAGGAAGCGCUUUUUACAAAGAUUAUUACCUGAUAAAUCAGUAAUUGGUACCAACAAAAGACGUUCAUCAAUCACUGAUGGUGGUCUUUUAUCAGCAUCAAACAGUUUUUUGGAUUAUACUGUUAGUCCAGAUAAAUAUCACGACAGUGGAGUAUGUAAUAAAACCACUAAUGAAAAUGAUGUCGUUGUAGAACCUUCACCAAAAAAUCGUUCCAUGAGGUAUAACCAUUUCAUGGAUUUUUAUAAUACCGAAUCGAAUUAUGUAGGAAUAUUGAGUACAGUCAAAAAUAUUUUUAAAACACCUUUAGAAGAAAGAGCAGAAACAAAUGACGCACUAUUGAAUAAAUCGGAAGUAAAAGCAAUUUUUGGCAAUUUCACACACAUAAGUGAUGUGCACAAAAGCAUGUUGGAACGAUUAAAGGAGUUGCAAUCAAACUGGAAAGAAGAUUGUUUAAUUGGCCAAAUAAUAUUAGAUCAUCGCAAUGAAUUGAUAAAAGCGUAUCCACCGUAUAUAAACUUUUUUGAGCAAAUGAAAGACACUUUACUCCAGUGUGACAAGGAAAAUCCCAGAUUUCAUGCAUUUUUAAAGAUUAAUCAAGCUAAACCAGAAUGCGGCAGGCAAUCAUUGCAGGAUUUGAUGAUCCGGCCGGUACAAAGAUUACCCAGCAUAAGUUUACUCAUAUCUGAUAUUCUAAAACAUACGAAUAAAAAUAAUCCUGACCAUAAAAAAUUGGAAGAUGCUCUGCGAGCUAUAAAAGAAGUAAUGGCUCAUAUCAAUGAAGAUAAAAGAAAAACAGAGGGUCAGUUAGCUAUAUUUGAUAUCUUUAAUGACAUCGAACAAUGUCCCGCUCAUUUAGUAUCCGCAAAUCGUUGCUUUAUCUCAAAGUGUGAGGUUACUGAGCUUUCUGAUUCACUCAGUGGUCGUGGUGAUUCUUUGAUUUUAUAUUUAUUUUCUGAUACCAUUGAAGUUUGCAAGAAACGUUCACGCGGAUUUAAUGCGGCGAAGUCACCAAGUUCUACAAAAUCUUCAAAACAUAUUAAAUUAAUGCCACUAACCUCGAUUCGAUAUGUUAUUGAAAUAUUUGAUAGUCCAAAGGCAUUUGCAAUUAACUGCCGCCAUAACCAAGAAAAUAAAGAUAAAUUAUAUGCUUUUAUGAUUGAUAAUGAAGAAAUUGACCGUACAAUAUAUUUACGUAAUUUGUGUAAGCAAGUUGCUGAACAUGCAUGUCGCACUGAUAUAAAUAAAGCUUUAAUAUCUAUGACAUCACAAGAAUUAGACGUUGAUACAAAUGAUAUUCAUUUAAGUACUUUAUCAAAGGCAUUUAAGUUUGCUACACGAACACGUUUGAAGGUUGGCCGUGCAUUUUCCUUUAAUAAAACUCCAGCAAAGUUAAAAAGGGCUGUAUCUACUAUGAUGCCAACACAUUUUGGGAGUACUCAUUCUUUAACGCCAGCAUCACAAUUUGCCCAAAUGAGAUUGGCUAGUUGUACAAAUUUGAAUGAAAUUGGUGAAAAAGAUGGUUGUGAUCAAAAUAAUCAUAAUAUGGGAAAUAAUAGAAGUCAGUCACCUUCAACGCAGUCAGAAGUGCUGGUUGCGCCAAUGUCAGUUCAUCAAAUAGGAAAAAAUAAGAAUUCAACUAUUUCCUUGGCUGCGCUAAGGAGAUUGUAAUUUUUUUUAAUUUUAACUUGUUCAUAUUUUGUCUUAUAAUUUUUAUAAAUUUAUAUUAAAACCAAUAAUAUUGAACGAAUAUUAUAACUAAAUAAUAUUUUAAUACUUUUGUAUGAGCUCUCAUCGCAUAAACAUACGUACAUGUUUAUUUUGUAUGUUCUUAAAUGUGACAAUAAUUUAUAAAAUAAUUUAAUAAAAAAUAAUUUUUUUUUGUGUUCUUUGACGAAAAAUCAAAAUCUAAAUUAUGUACAUAAUUAUUUUGCUGUGUUAAAAUAGAGUGAAUUGAAAAAAUAGUUGCUUUCGUAUUUUGCAACAAAUAGAAAGUUUUCAAAGAAAAAUUUAAACAACUGUAAACAGAUCAUUCAAAAUUAAAUUUAUUAUUUAUUAUCUAAACGAUAUCCAGAUAUAAUAUAUUGGACUCAAUGCUCAAAUUUAGUAUCCCAAAAGAACUCUUCAUAGUUUUGUCCAAUUAUAACUAAUGAAACCUUGAAUUUUCUUUUGAUUUUUUUGUGUUAUUUAAUUUGUUUCUAUUAGAAUUAGUUCAUUUGUCCUACUUUGGAAAGAAUGUAUUAAAUUCUAUACAAAAAUAAAUUUGAAGCAAAAAAUUUUUGUUUUGUACGCAUGUAAAAUAUAAACUUAUAAAUUUGUUUUAUUAAAAAGUACGCACAAUAAUAAUUAUUUAAUGAUAAAAAAUACAAUUAUAAAUUUAUAAUAAUAUUAGAUAUAGGAAACAAAAUAAUCGAACUCAAAAAUUAAUCGAAUAAAAAGUAUCGAAUCUUAUACCUAGUUCUGUAAUCUUUUGUUACAACUAGGUUGUAGCAAAACGAAUAUUAUAACAAUCAAAAAUUUUGUAAACAUUUUUUCAUUAUAAAGUCUAAAAUUAAAAACAAAAUGUUAACUUAUACAAAACGUUUGUAUUUACAAGAAAUGAUAUUU